UAAAUGACAACCAAAACGUCAAACAAAAAAUUGAACAACGAAAUUUCACUUAUUUCCUCGAAAAAAAAAUUGUUUGCAAAAAGAAUACCAGAAAAAAGCUAAAAAAUAUUUCCAAAUUAAUUAAUUAUAAACAAAUAAAAAUCGAAAGCAAAAAUGAAUAAACGAAACCUACUUAACAUAAUGAAUCACAAACAUAAAUAAAAGUGAAUGGGAAGUGGAUAAAUAAAGAAAAAAAUUAUACUGUGACUUUUGUUAGAAUUCCAGAAGAAACGACAUAACAAAAUAAAAGAAAAAACUAAAUUUCGAUUUCUUUACGAAUUUUAAUUAGAGUGACAAUAAAGUCAAAAUAAUAAUUGUAUAAUUGCAUAUAGUGCCAAGUGAUAAGUGUUCCGAAAAAAGCUCAAGAAGAAAAGGCAAAAGAAAAGAUCAUCACCACAUUAUUACAUACCGUCCGCACGCCCACUGCGGUUGCAAGGACAAAAGUGAGAGUUGCACAUAAUUUGUUGCUGCAGCAGCGUAUAGGCGUUCGGACCGAAAACAAAUAAAAUCAUUGAAAUGAGCGGCAAAGUUCGUUUAAAGUCGAAUGGAAUUUUGGAUGAAGAUCCAUUAACACUCCAGGAUAUUGUAUAUCGUUAUAUCUGCAAAAAUCUAGAUGUUGUUAGAUGUGAAGACAUCGACGAUGACCAUGACAUUGAUGAUGUCGAUAAUGACGAUGAAAAACGUUAUCAUUUACGGGAUGGCAUCGUCUUACCAAAUGACAUUUGCGAUCGUCUUAUAGAUACGUAUCAAAAACACUUCUAUCGACAGUUUGAUGAUAAAUUUAUCAGUUUAUUUAGAGAUACAAACAGGACUUCAUUAAAUGUUGUACAUUUGCGUAAUAGUCAUUUAACAAAUUAUGGACUCGAAAUACUAAUGCGCCACAAAUUAUAUUCACUUUCGAUGUGGUAUUGCGACAACGUUACCGUACAAUCUCACGAACUACUCGCUCAUUAUGGUGAAAGUUUACGUUCGUUGGAAUUGGGUAUUGGCUCGCAUAUGCUACAGAACGCUGAGCCGAAUGAUAAAGACCCUGUUGACUUUCAAUUCAAUUGUCCACACCUACGUCGUCUUGUAUUGAACGGUGUUGUUUUACAUCAUCGUUUGCAAUUUGCACAUCUGGAAGAUUUAACACACUUGGAUUUGACUUCAUGUGUUUUAGCGAAUUUCAGUCUUCAAGCCCUGGAUACCCUGCCUAAACUUCAUACACUAAUACUCUUUAACGUCUGGCCUAUCGUAAAUCAAUUACCUGCCAUUUGCUGUUUACGACGUCUUCGUACAUUAGAUAUUUCGAUAUCGAGUUCGGGCAAUGGUCAUGGCACCUACGAUUUGCCAGAUCAAUCGCUUGAAAUGUUAAUGGAUAAUCUGCGAGAUUUAACACAUUUGGAUAUAUCCGGUACUAAUUUGGCUGGUAAUGGUGUGGCAACGAAAGAGUCCAGUCAUAAAGUGAAUACAGAUAUACCGGGCCUUGCGACACGGACACAAAGGCCGUUACAAUUUUUAGGUUUAUAUCAUACAGCACAUUGGGCUUGCAAACGUCAUGAUAUACCAGCUAUAGAGAUUGCCGGCGAUGCAAAUGAACAACAAAUUUUAACUGCUGCGCGGUACUAUUACGAUAGACCUGUUCUAUUAACAAGAGUUCUCAAUGAUUUAUAUCAUCUCUUCCGGUUUGAAAACUGCAAAGAUAUACACACCGCUUUAGAUGUUGUAUUGACUGCUAUGGAUAGACAUUUGAAAUUUAAACAUAUGCAAAUAUCUGGCAGUGCGACAUUAUUUUAUAUAGUAAAGGGACGAGAUCGUUCUAAAUUUGGUACACCUCUAAGAAAUCACAUAAUACGGACAUUGCUCAAUGGCAUGGAGAUGCAUGUAAACGACGAUACAAUGCUACGAAAUGGUUACCUUACUUUAACACAAUUUCAAAUGCCCACUGAUGUGUUGUUUGAGUAUGAACGUCUGAUUACCAUACUCUUGUAUGGAGUUUCGAAAACAGAACAAGAAGGUUUUGUACAGAGAAUAGCUAUAUAUUUAUUAAAUACAUUGGCCUGUCAGGUUGAUGGUCGCCAAAAACUAUUUUUGGGUGAACUUGGAGUUGUAAGUACUAUGUUAAGCUUAAUUAAAGAUCGUUUAACACGUUCGGUAUUCGAUGAUGUCAUGGAAGUGGCAUGGUCAACUAUGUGGAAUGUAACUGAUGAGACUGCUAUUAAUUGUAAGAGAUUUUUGGAUGGCCAUGGUAUGGAGUAUUUUUUGAGAUGUUUAAAUGCAUUUAGGGAACGUGAUGAAUUGCUACGAAACAUGAUGGGCUUGUUGGGCAAUGUAGCCGAAGUUAAAUGGUUGAGGCCAAAAUUAAUGACUCAAAAAUUUAUUGAAGUUUUUGCUGAACUAUUAUCAUCCGAAAGUGAUGGCAUAGAGGUAAGUUACAAUGCAGCUGGUGUGCUGGCACAUAUAGCUUCAGAUGGUGCAGAAGCAUGGACAAUUAAAGAACCUUCACGUGAUGAGGUUCUUAUAAGUAUGGUGAAUGCCAUAAGACGUUGGGAUAUUAAAAGUGAACGUAAUAUUAAUUACCGCAGUUUUGAACCUAUUCUAGGACUAGUACGGUGUUAUGAAACACCACAGUGCCAACAUUGGGCUGUUUGGGCUUUGGCAAAUCUAACACAAGUGUAUCCAGACAAAUAUUGUCAACUUGUUGAACAAGAGAAUGGCAUACAAAUACUGAAUGAACUUAUUGACCAUCCGAGUCCAUAUGAGGAAAUUAAAGGUAUAGCGCGAAUGGUCAUCGACCAGUGUACUAAACGUCCUCGUCCUAUGUUAGAGGGCUAAAAUGACUCAAAAAAUCUCGUUGCCACUAAGAGUGAGUGAGCGUAUUGUAGUAUAAGAAGGAAGAUUUUAAGUGAGAGAUUGUAAAAUUACAUUAAAACAAAAGAAGAGAAAACAAAACAAAAAAUGCUAAAUAAAAUAUUAAGAUUAUUAAUUAUUUUAUUUUGUUAAGUCCUGAUAUUUAACGUAAAGUUUGUUUUUUAGGUGGGUGUAGAACUUUAAAAUAAUAAAUUGUAUUAAUUGCAAUAAAAUUGUCUUGAGAAAGAAAAUUAACUUAAAUGUUAAAUAUAAACUUUUGUAUGAACAGCACUUAAAUUUAAAUAACAUUUGCUUUAAAAUGAUAACCUAUGUAUUGUAUUAUUCUAAAUUAUUGGUUUUCAUUUAAUAUUGAAAAUCGAUUAUAAUGUAGCUUUAAGCUAUUUUUACGGUCAAGGUUCGAUAUAUUUUUUGGAUUGUGAUUGCCUUGGCUGUGAGUGCAAUGGUACUUUGUACAUGUAAACAUUUUACUACAAAAACCUUAUUUUUUCUUAAAUAUCCGUACAUAAGUCGGUAAUAUUACGGUGAAUGUUGUGGUUUUUGAAUAAAAAGCCUAUACUGGAGCCUAUAUUCCAGAGUUAUUCAAUUUCACGAUCUCCAUAAUCAAAAUAUUUUAAUAAUUUCGAGAUCACACCUCAUAUACAAAGUGAUACCAAAACUAAACAUGAAAAGACUUAAAUCUAUUAAAAUGGCUGAAACAGUGCGACUGGCUUAAAGUUCUACACCUUUAAGAAAUAAACAUCCCCCCGUAUUUCAUACAUAAUUUUCUUAUUCUUCCUUCAAAACUUUUAUUUUGCUACUAUUUACUUUCUUUACUCAUUAAUAUUUGUUUGCAAAAUUAAUGAAGUUUAACUUGUAUAAAAUAUAAUUAAAGAAUAAUAUGUUUAAUUAUCCUGUUAUAAAUUAAAAACAGUAAACUAUAGUUAAUGAAAAAAAAUAUACAACAAGAAAUUAAAUUGUUACUAAAUAUUAUUCAGAUUUUUUGUUUUAUUUAAUUUGUUUAUUUUUAAUUACAUUCAUACAUACUUAUGCAAAAAGAAAUUAAUAUAGAUUUAUAAUAAAUUAUUUAAAAAAAAUGAUUAAAAUAUUAAAAAGAAAUUAAAUUAUUUCC